AUGGCUCUCUUCUUUUCUUCUAAAAACAACCCAGCAUUUCUCAUUCUCUUCUUUUUAUCAUCUCUUCUCUUUCUCACUACCCAACAAUGCAACCAUCAUCACUUCUCUGCUUUACUCCACCUCAAGCAUCGUUUUAACUUCAUUGAUGAUUACAACCUCUCUACUCUCCCCUCUUGGAAUUCAAACAAUACCGAUUGCUGCACUUGGGAACGCAUCACGUGCGAUGGACCCACUGGUCACGUGAUCAGCCUCGACCUCAGUGAGCUCUAUAUCUCUGGUCGGAUUGAUUUUGAAAGCCUCUUUCGUCUUCGGAGCCUGCAGAAGCUCAACCUCGCUGACAAUUACUUCGAUCCCUCUCCAAUCCCAUCUGGGUUUGACCAGCUCACCAGUUUGACCCAUCUCAACCUCUCUUGGUUAUUCUUUUAUGGCCAAAUCCCACUGGAAAUCUCCCGCUUGACCUCUUUGGUUUCUCUCGAUCUUUCUCGCAAUGAAUAUUGGAAUGGUUCUGGAUUUCAAUACCUGAAACUCGAAAACCCAAGCAUUGGAGCAGUCGUCCAAAACCUGUCCAAUCUGAGUGAACUCUAUCUGGACUGGGUACACAUCUUACUGCAGGGCCAGACCUUAGAUUUGCCACUCCCUUAUCUCCGCAAGUUGAGCUUAAUAAAUUGUGGUCUUUCAGGCUCCAUCUUUUCUUCCCUUUCACAGCUCCAUUUCUUAUCUGAACUCCACCUCAGUCGAAACAAUCUCUCCUCUGCAGUCCCCAGUUUCAUAGGGAACUUAUCCUCAUUGAUGUCCCUGCUCCUUAAAGAUUGUGGAUUGCAUGGAAAAUUCCCUGAGAGUGUUUUCCAGAUGCCAAAUCUAGAAAUCAUUGACAUAUCAAUCAAUCCACUUGUAGCUAUCAAUUUGCCGGAGUUCCCUCAAAACAAUACUCUACAGCAAUUGAUCCUUUCAGAUACUGGAUUUUCAGGAAAGUUACCAGAUUCUCUCAGUAAUCUCAAAUUCUUGACUCAUUUAGACCUCAGAAAUUGCAACUUGUCAGGAUCAUUACCAUCCUCACUUUUGAACCUGACCAAACUGCAAUAUCUGUAUCUUUCAUCCAAUAAAUUGAGCGGCCCAAUUCCAUCAUCAUUGUUUUCACUCCCAUCAUUACAUACACUGGACCUCACAGGUAACCAACUUAGUGGUCAACUUGGUGAGUUCCACAAUGCCUCUUCUUCACAGCUGGAGCUCCUCGUUUUGUAUAGCAAUAAAUUGAGCGGUCCAAUUCCAUCAUCAUUGUUUUCACUCCCAUCAUUACGAAUGUUGGAUCUGGGAGGUAACCAACUUAGUGGUCAACUUGGUGAGUUCCACAAUGCCUUUUCUUCACAGCUGGAGAUCCUCUAUUUGGAUAGCAAUAAAUUGCAGGGGAUGAUACCGAGAUUUAUCUUUCAACUUACCAAGCUUCAAGUACUUUACCUUUCUUCCAAUAAUUUCAGUGGUGUUGUGGAGCUAGGCUUAUUUCAAAACCUCAAAAAACUUUACUCUCUAGAUCUUUCAGAUAACAACUUGUCAGUCCAAUAUGGCAGUGGUAAUUCCACAUUUGUUUCCAUCUCCCAGUUUCAAUCUUUGUUGCUACGUUCUUGCAACAUCAGCACAUUUCCAAAUUUCUUGAGAAAUCAAGUGCAGUUGAGGGAACUGGACCUUUCCUACAAUAAAAUUAGUGGUGAAAUACCCAAAUGGAUAUGGGAGGUUGGCAAUGGGUCUUUAAUCUAUUUAAAUCUUUCUCACAACAUUCUACAGGGAAUAAAACCAUCUCCCCAUCUUUUGUUGAGUGACUUUCGCUUUAUUGACCUUAGCUUCAACAUGUUGAAAGGUUCACUUCCAAUCCCAUCACCCUCCGUCCUAUUCUUUUCAGUUUCAAACAAUAGCCUUGGUGGUGAAAUCCCUCGAUCAGUUUGCAAUGCAACAUCCCUAACAGUCCUUGAUUUAUCUCACAAUCACUUCAUUGGUCAGAUUCCACCAUGUUUGGGUGAGAUUGGUGAUGCCCUGUCUGUGUUGAAUCUUCAAGGAAAUGAUUUCAAUGGCACCUUACUUCAGACAUUUAAAGAGGGAUGCAACAUACAAACGCUUGAUCUCAGCAGGAAUCAAUUAGAGGGCCCAGUGCCAAGGUCUUUGGCUAAUUGCAAAAUGUUGGAGUUAUUAAACCUGGGAAACAAUCAAAUGAAUGACACCUUCCCUUUAUGGUUGGGAGCUUUGUCCCAGUUGCGUGUUCUCGUCUUGAGAUCCAACCAAUUUCAUGGCACCAUUGGGCAUCCUCUAACAAAUCACCCUUUCCCACUGUUACAAAUUUUUGACCUCUCUUUCAAUAGCUUUGAGGGUAAUUUUCCAUCAAAUAUGUUCACGAGCUGGACGGCAAUGAUGGAAGAUGACAAAUCCCAAUCUUUGGUCCUUGGCAAAAUGAUAUACAGUAACGGAAGUUCCAUAUACUAUCAAAACAAAGUGUCUUUAGUCAGCAAAGGGCUACAGAUGGAACUAGUGAAGAUCCUUACAGCCUUUACUGUAGUGGAUCUCUCGGAAAACAAAUUUCAUGGGGAUAUCCCAGAAUCAAUUGGGGAUCUAAAGUCACUCCUUGUGCUCAAUAUGUCCAACAAUGAUUUAACCGGCGGAAUUCCAACAUCAUUUCAGAAUCUAAGGGAUCUAGAGUCAUUAGAUCUCUCACAUAAUAAAUUGUCUGGAGAGAUCCCUUGGCAGCUAACAGAUCUAACAUUCCUUGCAGUGUUGAAUCUCUCACAGAAUUUCCUCGUGGGAAAAAUACCACAAAGCCGGCAGUUUCUUACAUUUAACAGCGAAUCAUUCAAAGAGAACUCGGGAUUGUGUGGACCUCCACUAUCAAAGAAAUGCGAAGAUGCAGAGAGUGCACCACCGUCCCCUCUGUCAACAUUGCAAUCUGAAAGGAAAUAUGAAUGUGAAUUAAUGUGGAUAGGAUUUGGAGUUGGACACGGAGCAGGUGUAGGGAUGCUUUUCUGGACCCUAGCACUUUGGCGGAAGGGAAGGAGAGAAUUCUAUAUAUUUAUUGAUAGAAUGCUUUCCUUAAUUUUUCCUUCCAUGGUGUUUCCUAAAUAG